AUGAACCACCAGACAAUCAUUUUUCACUCGGACUUAUCCGGUCGCUCAAUUUCAUCGUUACUAUCAGGCAUUGUUCCUCCACCCAACAUAACACUUAGCAUGGAAGAACUUAUCAAUUGCUCCAAAGUGCCAAGGAGCGUCCAACGUGGGCACACAGACAUUGCCCGACCGCCGAAUAGAUUUAUGAUAUACAGAAGAGAUUUCCUCGCGCGAAAACGAAGAGGAAUAGACGGGGCCUUCAACAUGGCUAGGCUGUCUGUGGAAGCUGCGGCCCAAUGGAAGAGGGAACCUCCUGAAGUCAUAAGAUUUUUUACUCAAAUUUCGGACGUUGUAAGAGAACUUCAUCAUAAAACCCACCCUUAUUAUAAAUAUAGCCCAAGAAAGGGGCCUAAACAAGUAGGAAUAAACAAUAGAAUGCCUAGACGCCGCCGGUAUAAACCAAAAAUCAAAAAAGAAGAGUGUGUAUUUCAAACAGCCCAAAAAUCUGACUGUGUUGAUGAACAGGAGGGUGUCGACAAUUCGAGCAGUAGUAAUGAUGAAUUUUUUGAUUGUAUUGAAGAAUUUAGCGAUUGCGGAUUCUAA